AUGUCCACCAAAGAAACCAACCCCGCCAACUUUGCCAACCGCCCCAAAGCCGAAGUCCGCGAACUCGCCUCCCAGGGCGGACAAGCUAGCACCCAGGGAGGGUUCGCCAGCAUGGACCCAGACAAACAGCACGAUAUCGCCUCCAAGGGUGGUCAGGCCUCGUCUACCAGCUUCGAGCCGGGCAGCGAGCGGGCCCGGGAAGCCGGUCGAAAGGGCGGGUCCAAGGGCGGCGCGACGAGUGGAACGGGAGAUGCGGAUUAUAUUCCUGAUGAUGCGGAGUGA